CCCCGACCUCCGAGCCGGCGGCCAGGGCUGUGUUUUUUAAAUUGAGCUAAAUGCAUAUUUGAUGCCAUUAAAGGGCUCCCCCUUUUUAGGUGCUGUAUUAAGGGUCAUUUUGCUUUUUAAGGCAUCGUGUUGCGCACGGGGGCUCGUGUGUCGUGCAGCCUCCCUGUGGUCCACUCCUCGGAGGUCCCGUUCGCACAGCGCUCCACUUCCACAACGAUACGUUCCUAAAACAUCCCUGAGUUCACCACCAUGGCCUGAAGUUGUUCUGCCAGACCCAGCCGAAGAGACCAAACACCAUGCAGAGGUCGUGGGGAAGGUGAACGAGCUGAUCGCCACCGGCCAGUACGGCAGGCUCUUUGCCGUGGUGCACUUUGCCAGCCACCAGUGGAAGGUGACCGCUGAAGACCUGAUUUUAAUCGAGAAUGAACUAGACCUUGCGUGUGGAGAGAGGAUCCGGUUGGAGAAGGUCCUGCUGGUUGGUGCUGAUGACUUCACACUGCUGGGCAGGCCUCUCCUGGGGAAGGAUCUUGUCCGCGUAGAGGCCACAGUCAUUGAAAAGACAGAAUCGUGGCCAAAAAUCAACAUGAAGUUUAAGAAAAGGAAAAACUACAGGAAGAAGAGAAUCAUUGUGAGCCCGCAGACUGUCCUGCGGAUAAACACCAUUGAGAUUGCUCCAUGUUUGAGCUGAUCGUCGAACUGACAUUUGCAGAAAUAUAAAAAUAAACUUUUCCAGGGAGCCUGA